GAGACACUUGGACAUCUACCCUCCGCACGUUUCUACAGUCUUCUACAAGUUUGAGUUCCAAUUUGAUUAUUUUUAUACACCCAACUCACACUUUAUUUUUUUUUGUCGAUGGGUUUAGUUGGUAGCUGUACGUGUCGUCAUUGUUGCAGCGUUUAUUUAUUUUUAAUCAUGUUCUAGAAGUAACGGACAUUGGAGAACCUGAGCUAGCAGCCAGAGGUAGCGGAGCUAGCUAACGUUAGCUAGCUGCAUAGGAGCUGAGCGUUGCUUGGCGGUGGUGUGGCAUUUGCCUACAGUUCCGUUUGAUGGAUCCGAGAUUCGCCUGGUUUCAGCCAGAACAGCUCGGACCCUCUAACAACCUGUGGAUGCAGAUCUGGGAGACGACACAAGUGUUCGGUUGUAUGAACGUAAAUAACAGCUAUACUACUAGCACGGGACCUCAGAGCACGCCGAGCCUGAAAGCGAUCGUCAGCGGGGCGUCGGGAGCCGUCCGCACUUGCACACACGGAGUCCUUCUUGACUCACGCACCGGUUGUAAAGACGUCGGGACCGAGAGCUCAAUGGGGGACGGAGACAUAAUAGAACAGCGGGACUUUGUUCCACUAGACAGCAACCACAACAACCGAGCCCCUAGCAGGGGCGGUGGCGGCGAAGGGGGGCAGCCAGGCAGCGGGGUGCUGUGGAGGGGACUUACGGAGGGACACCCCAACAAAAGAAAAAGAGACAAUAAAGCGAGCACUUUCGGAUUCAAUUCUAGCCUUUUGAACUGUGGCAGCGGGUCCAACACGGACGGAUAUGAAGGUUACACGGGCACUCCGUGGAAAGUCAGGAACUACUCAGAAGGAGUUGUGGGGUUGCACGAGGAGAUCAAGGAUUUCUACGAGUACAUCUCUCCACGGCCGGAGGAGGAAAAGAUGAGACUGGAGGUGGUGGACAGAAUCAAGGGAGUCAUUCACGAUUUGUGGCCCAGUGCAGAGGUCCAAGUGUUUGGGAGUUUUAGCACAGGCCUUUAUCUACCAACAAGUGACAUCGACCUGGUGGUCUUUGGGAAGUGGGACACUCUUCCACUCUGGACGCUGGAGGAAGCUCUUCGAAAGAGAAAUGUUGCAGAUGAGAACUCCAUCAAAGUUCUGGAUAAAGCAACGGUUCCCAUCAUCAAACUUAUGGACUCCUUCACUGAAGUGAAAGUUGACAUCAGCUUCAAUAUGACGAGUGGAGUUAAAGCUGCUCAGCUCAUCAAGGAGUUCAAAGAGAAAUACCCAGUGUUGCCUUACCUAGUCCUGGUGCUAAAGCAGUUCCUACUGCAAAGAGACCUAAAUGAGGUUUUUACAGGUGGAAUAGGUUCCUACAGUCUCUUCCUCAUGGCUGUUAGCUUCCUGCAGCUUCAUUAUAGAAAGGAUGUGUCCAGCCCCAACAUCAACAUCGGUGUUCUGCUAAUUGAAUUCUUCGAGCUCUACGGUCGCAACUUCAACUACUUGAAAACCGGCAUCAGGAUUAAAGACGGUGGCUGCUACGUUGCCAAAGAUGAGGUUCAGAAGUGCAUGAUGGAUGGAUACAGGCCCUCGAUGCUCUACAUUGAGGACCCUCUGCAGCCAGGUAACGAUGUUGGCAGGAGCUCAUAUGGUGCCAUGCAGGUGAAGCAGGCAUUUGACUAUGCCUAUGUGGUGCUCAGCCAUGGUGUGUCUUUGGUCGCCAAGUAUUAUCCCAAUAAUGAGAACGAGAGUAUACUUGGUCGGAUAAUCCGAGUAACUCAGGAGGUGGACGAGUACAGGGAAUGGAUUCAUAAGAGAUGGGGGAGCCCAUCUCAGAAUGAUCCUUCACUCAACCGAAAUGAUGUCAAAUUGUUUGAGUCUAAGCAGCUCGAUGAACGCAACAACAACUUCACAGAUGAUGAGGACGGUGUUGUGGUUGUGCCGUCGGCUCCUCGCAGCAAGUCCUCCUCCAGCACCUCUUCUCCUCCCUCUUCCCUGCGCUCCUCGCCUUCUUCCUCUCCGCCGUUGCCGUCUUUAACAUCUUCCAGUGACGCGGACUCUGAUGGCACACCGUGUAAAACAGCAAAGCAGCAGUCUGGCCAAAGCUCCAGUACCCACAGAGAAAAGUCUGCUGUGGUUAGUAAUCACCACACACAGAGCCACACUACCAGCACUCCAUCUGCAAGCAGCAAAGGAGGAAAGGCCAGGAUGUCUCGCUCCAACAAUAAGAGCAGCCACCACGGGCAGCAGAACUCCUUCAGCGCCAAAAGUCAUCCGAGCAACAAGCCACACCACCGAGGCAACAGCAAGAGGAGGAAAAACCUGCGAGACUCUACAAAGGAGGAUCUUUGCAGAUAGGACUCUGCUAAACCACGUCUCCAACAGCCCCCCC